AUGGAUUCAGCGAGUGCGGAGAGUGCGUCAGCUGCCAGCGGCGCAUCUGUCGCAGCUGCGGCUGAGACGGCCAGAACCGAGUCAGCUGCCAACGGCGCGUCUGACGCGACUGCGGCUGAUACGGCCAGAACCGAGCCUGCCAACGAGUCCCAGUCAGCUGCCAACGCGGCGUCUGAAGUGGCUGUGGCUGAUACGGCCAGGGCUGAGCCUGCCAACGAGUCCCAGUCAGCUGCCAACGCGGCGUCUGAAGUGGCUGUGGCUGAUACGGCCAGGGCUGAGCCUGCCAACGAGUCCCAGUCAGUUGCCAACGCGGCGUCUGAAGUGGCUGUGGCUGAUACGGCCAGGGCUGAGCCUGCCAACGAGUCCCAGUCAGCUGCCAACGCGGCGUCUGAAGUGGCUGUGGCUGAUACGGCCAGGGCUGAGCCUGCCAACGAGUCCCAGUCAGCUGCCAACGCGGCGUCUGAAGUGGCUGUGGCUGAUACGGCCAGGGCUGAGCCUGCCAACGAGUCCCAGUCAGCUGCCAACGCGGCGUCUGAAGUGGCUGUGGCUGAUACGGCCAGGGCUGAGCCUGCCAACGAGUCCCAGCCUGCCAACCAGUCGCAGCCGAGCAAGCCGGCGACGCCUGACAGAGGCUCCGCAUGGCGAGAAGCCAGGCGCCUGGGCGGAUGGGACAAUCAGAGCGCGGCGCCACUAGCAGGCCCGAGUCGACGCAGCCGCAGCAGGCACCGCGAGGAGCAAAACGCCGGCGCAGGCCCAGGCGCGGAGCCAGUCCGCCGCGGCGGCCGCGAGGACAGGAGAGAUGGCGAGGAGCUGCGCAAAGCCCGGCCGUCCCGAUCGCGGAAGCGGUCGCACUCGCGGAAGCGCUCGCGGAAGCGAUCCCGGUCGCGGAGACGCGAUCGGUCGCGCUCGCGACAGCGCCGAAAGGAGCGGCGAUCUCCGCGGAGCCGGUCCCGGCGAGGAAGUGAUGCGCACCCAGGACGUGAUAGACGGGAACGAGGUACUCCAGACAACAGGGAGCGAGACGUGGAGCCCACCCCGGAGGCAAAGCCGAAGGGGAAAGGCAAAAGCAAAGGCAAAGGCAAAGGCCAGUCCAAAGAUGGCUGGACGGAGGCGCGCGCUCAGUACACUCCCGUGGCGGCGUUGGGCAAUCAGCCGCAGAUGCAGCAGGCGCAGCAGAUGCAGCAGAUGCAGCAGAUGCAGCAGGCGCUUAUGCUGCAGCAAAUGCUUCAGCAGAUGCAGCCCAUGCAGAUGUGCCAGCCGGAGCAGGGGGUGGAUCUUAUGUGGCAGACGCAGCCGGCACAGCCGCAGCAGGCGUCGCAGGCCCCGCUGAAGCGCCGCACAUGGCACAGCUGGCUCAGGCGGAGCAAGCCAGGCAGGAUGCCAAUGCCAAGAAGGCGGCCCAGGCGGUGCAGGAGCUGA